CAGCCAGUUAAGCCGACUGUGCUCUUUUCCCCAUGGGGGCCCGGUGCGCAAUGGCUGCAAACAGCAGCCUCCCCGGUAGUGUAUGCAGCCUGUUGCCUGUAUGGGUUGCCCUAAGGGACCUUGGAGACAGCCCUUUCCAGUGGACAUUAAUGACUGGCAUGCUGUCCCCAAUCUAGGCUCCAGACAGGUAUGCGUGGUGUCUUUGGAAAGCCCCAGCGCACAGUGGCCGGGGUCCACAUUGGCCAGGUCAUAAUGUCCAUCCGCACCAAGAUGCAGAACAAGGAGCAUGUGAUUGUGGCCCUCCGCGGGGCCAAGUUCAAGUUCCCUGGCAGCCAGAAGAUCCACAUUUCCAAGAAGUGGAGAUUUACUAAGUUUAAUGCAGAUGAGUUUGAAAACAUGGUGGCAGAAAAGCAGCUCAUCCCAGAUGGCUGUGGGGUCAAGUAUAUCCCUAAUCGUGGCCCUCUGGACAAAUGGCGGACCCUGCACUCAUGAGAGCCUUGGCGCUGCCCCCUCCCUACCCAUGCCCACCAAUAAACUCUACUUUCUUGU